CCCACAAGCCAUUAUUUUCCGAGUUUCAUCCGCAGCCACAGUGCAAAAUAGGUUUAUCAAUUUAAUUUAAGUGUUAAAGUAGUUAUAAAGUGUUUUUUAAGUUGCGCACUCGAUCGAGGCCAUCCUGCAUGGAUGUGUACAUGUGUUCGCCGAUCGAACGGAGUUCUUGCUUUUAGUUGUUGUGAUUUUCGCGUGACAUUUGCGUACGAAAAUCUUUUUGGGAACGGACGAAGCUGCGGUCGCUGGUUAAUCGGGAGUCGUAAAGGUUACAGCUCCUAAAAUGCAACACAACGUUCAUGCCGCCCGGCCAGCGCCUCACAUUCGAGCGGCCCACCAUCACAGCCACAGUCAUAGCCAUGCCCACAUGCACCUCCAUCCCGGGAUGGAGCAGCACCUGGGCCCUAGCUUGCAGCAGCAACAGCCCCCUCAGCAGCCUCCACAUCGCGACCAUCUACAUGCACGUCUGAAUCAUCACCAUCUCCACGCUCAGCAGCAGCAGACGCCAUCGAAUCAAGCCACCGCUGUCGCUGCGGCUGGGGCUGCCUAUCAUCACGGCAACAUCAACAGCAACAGCAGCAACAAUAUCUCCAGCAACAACAACCAGAUGCAGAAGAUCCGCCAACAGCACCAGCACUUGAGCGGCAGUAACGGCAUCCUUGGUAACCAGCCUCCUGGACCGCCGCCCCAGGGUUUCAAUCCUCUUGCUGGAAAUCCGGCUGCCCUUGCCUACAACCAACUGCCUCCGCAUCCGUCGCACCACAUGGCCGCCCAUCUGGGCAGCUAUGCCGCUCCACCGCCCCACUAUUACAUGAGCCAGGCGAAGCCCUCAAAAUAUAACCAAUAUGCCAACAAUGCCAACAGUAACACCGGUAGCAAUAACAAUGCUAACAACUAUACCCCAAAGGCCAUACUGCAGAAUACGUAUAGGAAUCAAAAGGUCGUUGUUCCAGCAUUGGUGCAAGAGGUGAACUCAGUGGCCGAACCGCAAGUGUCUACCACAACCGCCACCACCAAUAACUCCAGCAACACUACCAACAAUACAGUCAAAGCAAGCGAUCCUGCAAACCAAGAGAACGCAUCUCAGGAACAGGAGUCAGCAGAGGAGCCAGUUUCUUUAGCGGACGACUGCAGUAGCACGGAGCAUAUUGAUGCAUCUGGGACACUCCCCAAUGAGGACACGAUGAGCUCAGGACGUGGUGGCGGCAAGGAUAAGACUCCAAUGUGCCUGGUCAAUGAGUUGGCCAGGUACAACAAGAUCAGUCAUCAAUAUCGAUUGACUGGAGAAAGAGGCCCGGCCCACUGCAAGACAUUCACGGUGACUCUGAUGCUGGGCGAUGAGGAGUACUCAGCGGAUGGUUUCAAGAUCAAGAAGGCACAGCAUUUGGCUGCCAGCAAGGCCAUCGAGGAUACAACGUACAAGCAUCCACCGCCUAAGAUCCGGCGCAGCGAUGACGGACCGUUGCGCACCCAUAUUACCCCGACUGUGGAGUUAAAUGCCCUAGCCAUGAAGUUGGGUCAGCGUACUUUUUAUCUGCUGGACCCAACUCAGAUACCUCCCUCGGAUUCCAUGGUGCCGCCAGAGUUUGCAGGAGCUCAUUUACUAACAGCACCCGGGCCGGGUAUGCCGCAACAACCCCCACCACCUCCUUACGGUAUGCGACAGAGGCUUGGCAAUGGUUUCGUGCCCAUCCCAUCGCCGCCAAUGCAUCCGCAUUUCUAUCAUGGUUCUGGACAGCGACCCUUUCCCCCGAAGUUCAUAUCACGCUUUGCGAUUCCUCCGCCACUUGGUGGUCAUGUGCAUCACGGACCGAAUGGUCCAUUUCCACCUGUACCUACGCCUCCCAGCAAAAUUACCUUGUUUGUAGGCAAACAAAAGUUUGUGGGCGUCGGGCGAACACUGCAACAGGCCAAACAUGAUGCGGCAGCCAGAGCAUUGCAAGUCCUCAAGACACAAGCUAUUUCCGCAUCCGAUGAGGCACUUGAGGACUCGAUAGACGAGGGCGACAAAAAGUCGCCCAUCUCACAGGUGCAUGAGAUCGGGAUCAAGCGCAACAUGACCGUGCAUUUUAAGGUGUUACGCGAGGAGGGACCAGCGCACAUGAAGAACUUCAUUACGGCCUGCAUUGUGGGCUCUAUUGUCACUGAGGGUGAAGGCAAUGGGAAGAAGGUUUCGAAGAAACGGGCUGCGGAAAAAAUGCUCACCGAGUUGCAGAAACUGCCGCCCCUUACACCCACGAAGCAGACACCUCUAAAGAGGAUUAAGGUGAAGACUCCCGGCAAAAAUGGAGCCUCAACAAGAGAAGGUUCGGUUGUGCCGGGCAUUGAAGGUCCGGCGCAAAUGGGAAAACCGGAGAGACGCAAGCGUCUCAAUCCGCCUAAGGAAAAGAUGGUAGACCUGGACGAUGCGGAUAACCCUAUUACAAAAUUAAUUCAACUACAGCAGACGCGCAAGGAGAAGGAGCCAAUCUUCGAACUGAUAGCCAAGAAUGGCAACGAAACCGCUCGGCGGCGGGAGUUCGUCAUGGAGGUUUCCGCUAGUGGGAGCACGGCCCGUGGUACAGGCAAUAGCAAGAAACUAGCUAAACGAAAUGCGGCCCAGGCUCUUUUCGAAUUGCUGGAAGCAGUUGAAUUCAACCCAAGCAACGAAACACAGUCAUCGGAAGAAAGCAGCACUUCAGCAACAAUGUCUGCUGUUACAGCGCCCGCAGUGGAGGCAACUGCAGAAAGUGAAGUGCCCAUGGUAUCAACGCCAGUCGGUCCAAUGCCAGGUAUUUUAAUACUGCGCCAGAACAAAAAACCAGCAAAAAAGAGAGAUCAAGUAGUAGUUGUGAAAGCUAAUGUGGAUACUAAAGAAGAUGAGACCUCUAAGGCGGUAAUAGUCGCAGCUGAGGAGAAUAACACUACCAAUGGCAGCUCUGGCGAUACUAGCAACACCAGCAGUGGUGAUUCCCAAGCUACAGAGGUGGCCAGUGAAAGUGCUCUUAAUACUUCCACCGGCAGCAAUACAAGUGGUGUAAGCAGCAACAGCAGCAAUGUAGGUGGCAACACAGACAAUAGCAAUAGCAACCCUGCCGAUAGCAGAAGCAGUAGUGGCAGCAAUACCGUCAACAGCAACAGCAGCACAGAAAGCAGCAACAACAGCACAAGCAACACAACACAAAGUGCUGGAGUGCACAUGAAAGAGCAGCUUUUGUAUCUCAGUAAACUCCUAGACUUUGAGGUCAACUUCUCUGACUACCCCAAGGGCAAUCACAAAGAGUUCCUGACCAUUGUUACACUCUCCACGAAUCCACCACAGAUCUGCCAUGGCGUUGGCAAGAGUUCCGAUGAGUCGCAAAACGAUGCGGCAAGUAAUGCCUUGAAAAUCCUCAGCAAACUGGGCCUUAACAAUGCCAUGAAAUAACGCGUAAACCGUUGAAAAAUCCUUAAACCCCAUAUUAACUGCAAUUUUUGUUGUUGCACAUAUGCAAGUUAAAAGCAAACAAAAAAAAAAAAACAAAAAACAAUUGAAAUACCCGUCCACAAAGCAAACCUUAACAAAAUCCAAAAACCAAGCUGUGUGCAAAUUCAAAAAAAGAAGAAAAAAAAAAACGUGAAAAAAGUAAGAGAAGCAAUGCAAAAAACAGUACUUUUUGAAAUAGCAAAUUAUUAGUUAAUACCUAUUUAUUUAUUUAUGUGCAAGUUGUGCAAACUGGUGUUAUUAUUUUAUUUAUUUGUUGAGAAUUGAAUCGAACUGAUUGUAACCGAAGUUGAACAGAGGCGAACACUUAACAGAGCCGCAUAAUUGUUAAUCCAAAACGAGAAAUGAACAAUAACUAGACUUAAUGAGAAACCAACAAAUUCAUGAAUGAACAUAUGCAAAUGUUUGCAGUAUCUAAACUUAAGAUUAAAGCUGAAGUUGAAAGCUCAAUAACCACUUGAAUUGAAUUGAUGAACAAAGGACUAUUGAUACCUCUUAGCUGCAUGCGGCAAUCGCUUUCAAAAAUAAAUACAAAAUUUCUGAGCACCACGAACGGUGCAGGACAAAAUUCGAAGGAUAUCCCAUAUCAGCGGAUAUACCAGGCCGUCAGAGAUGAAAAUGGAAACAAAUUUUUGAUUUAUUUUUCAAAGCAAGACAACCAUUAACCGCUUGUGGUCAUAUGCUUGAUGAAACUCGUCGAAUAAUGAAUCUAUUAUAUACGUAUACUAUAUUUAAGUGUUAAGCAUAAGCAUCGGCGGAUGUCGAAGAAUCGUAUACCCCAUGAAUGGUCGAUUUCCCAAACUUUCAGCAAAUAAUUCAAUUUCACAAACGACAAAGAGUUUUGCAAAAUUGAACGCAAAGUUUGCUGGAUUUUGGAGAUUGACAGGACAUGGUAACAAGGCGUUCGUUCGUACGCGUCGAGACCUACAAAUAUAAAAUACAAUUUACAUAAUCGUUAUAAUUAUAUUUAUGGAUGUUUAAUAAGCCAUUUUUGUAAAUGUUCAGCUUUUGGCCAGUGUGCAUGCUAAAAGCUGAACAUCCUUAUGAAUAAUGAAUCGUGUUGUUUAAUCUGUCAUGUUUUGUCCUCAUAUUUCUUGAUCGUUUUUGAAUCCGUUUUAUGUUAGUUAUGUUUAUGUCAUGUACCACACCCACAACCAUUACAAACUGUCACACACAUCCUUUGAAAUUUCGAGUACAAUAGUUUUUAAAUACUUUUGCCCUAAAACAGCACCAGUUGAUUAAGCGUUAAGUUGCGUUAUGUAAAAUGUAUUUUGUCUAAGCAAUCGCGUCGGCCACAAUGUGCAUGAUUGCUUCGCGAUUCGCAAUUCGCAAUAUCGCGAUCCCUAGCCUAAGCUUAAGCCCCAGCGAACUGUAACCGUUGAAAUUGAAGUCAAACCCAGUAUUAAAUGUAUAGAUUAGGGCAGCUAUCAGUAACUCCCAUAAUAACAAAAGACUCACAGAUAUCGUGCACAUUGUUUGCGCCACACAAAUUGUUCAUUUUGUCAGAAGAUUUUGCAGACCCAAUUACGAUACGAUAUUCAUAAUAAUCGUAAUCAUUAUAUUUAUUGUGGGAGCAAAGUAGUCGGUGUCUGCUUUUGCAAAAUCUUCACAAAAUUGAUUGAAAUUAUUAAUCUUAAUGGGAGAUGUAUUCGCAGUAACAACAAAGCGUGAAGAAUCUGUUCAUUAACACCAAAUAAAGGCAUACGAGUCAAGAUGGAAGAACACAUUUAUUAGUCUUAAGCCUACCCCCCACACACUCAAUAAGUUUUGUCUAUCUGUAAUGUGACACUUAAGCAUGUUAUAUCAUAAAAAAAAACCAUAAAGAACCCUUAAUGAAACUAUGUAAAAUGUAAUUAUACGAAUAAAAAGUGAAAUAAAGUUGAAA